AUGGAAAAAGAUAUUGAUAAGGCUCAUGAGCUAUAUGAGAAACAUCAAGCUGAAAAUUUGCUAGAAAUCCUUAAAAAGCUACGAAUCAACAUUCCUUUCAUUUGUAAAAUCUUGCAAAUUCCAAACUAUUUCAAGUUUCUAAAAGAGAUGUUGACUAAAAAGAGAAAGCUACCUAAACAUGAGACAGUUACAUUAUCUGAAGGGUGCAAUGCAAUCCUCCAACAUAAGCUCCCACCGAAGAUAAAAGAUCUAGGUAAUUUCAUUCUACCUUGCUCUAUAGGAGAUUUACGUAACAGUAGAGCAAGUAGUAAAUUGAUGCCCUUAAACAUUUAUAGAAAACUAGGAUUGUUGGAGCCAAAAGAGAUAUCAAUCAUGCUACAACUGAUUGAUAGGUCGAUAAAAGACCCAUGGAGAGAAAUUGAAGACAUGAUCAUCAAAGCUGGAAAUUUCAUCUUCCCUUCUGAUUUCGUAGAUCUUGACAUUGGAGAGAAUUGA